AGCAUUUCUCGAGCGUUGCCCUGCGUGAACUUGUGUCUGUGUGCGAUUCCCUGUGCGCGUACAAACUGUCAUUGUAGAGAGCGCCAUAGGUGUUGAAGUAACGUCACCAUCGCACCGUAUUUCGUAUACGUACACUGUAUUCAAAGAUACGCGCAGACGGUGCUUAGAGAUGAUGCGGUCGGCGGUGAUACUCGUUUUGCUGGGGAUUAGUGCCGAAUGGGUGUCAGCUCAAAAUUGUCACCUGCGUGAACUGGAUCUCUGCUCUGCGACGCUUCUUCUGUUUAACCAGAACCCCAGCGGGGUCGCUACCACCGACAAUGAGCUGGAUAAACAGUGCGGUUUCCUUUCCGAAGCUCAGGGUUGUUUUAACAACUUCACCACCAGAUGUACAACGCCUCUCCAACGGGAACUGUUGGCCUUCGCCUCCGAAGGCUCAAACGAAUUAUUCCGGGAAUUCUGCUCUCGAGGAAGCAAAAUCCGUUCAGACUACCUGAAGCAUGCCCCCUGCCUUGGCCAGACUCAGCCGGAUCAGAAACGUUGUCUUAAUGACGUCCAAGUUGGACUAGAGAAAAUCUCUGCCGCGAAAUUCAAUGAACGUCUGCCGACCGCAUGCUGCACCUAUGUACGUUACUCAUCCUGCACGACCGCCGCUGUGGCGAAGAAGUGCGGUCGCGAAGCUGUCGAGUUUGGUCAACUUUUGUUGAAGAUGGCCGCCUCUAAUCUUCCCGACACGGUAUGCCAGUCAUUCAAAAACAAUCCGGUCUGCGAUACGCUCUUACCGCCAAAGGGAACGCGGCCGACGGGCAAGUCUAACUCGGUCUUAUCACGACUUUUCUCAGCCUACCUUGGCAAUUAAAUAAGGUAUUAUUGUUAAUAUCGAAUAUUUGCAAAGGCACUUACCUAUAACAUACGUAGACAUUAAAAAAAAACCGCACAUUGUGCGAUACCAUAUAAAAAAAAAAGUACAGCUCUGUUUGCUUCGCAUUUGUUGCCUUUUGUUAGUGUUGCAAUUUCAGUGUUCAGCUCAGCCGAAGGCUGAAACAGUAUUGGCUGUUACUUGAUGAGAUUUUCAGAUCAUGUUUUUAUGUGUGAGCUUUUACUGUCAGUAGAUUCGUUAAUUGACCGCAUAAAGGCGACCGUAACCAAAAUCCAGUCGUCGUUUUUUUUUCGUUCCUACUUGUAAUUUCAAAUUUUUACCUCGAUUUUUGGCUGAAAUAAUAGAAAGCAUUAGUUUGUGCCAUAGCUACGCCACUUAAUCAGUAUCCACAAUACACCGUACGAUGAGCAGUAGUCAUAAAGAGAGAGAUCAGCCAAUUUUACGUGUCCAGUUGGUACAGGCUUACGACAAACAAAUACGGACAUUUGAUGUUAUCGUAACGAUACGACCCCACGGAGAAUUAGCAGUAGAGCACCUUUCGCAUCCCUUCCGAGCCGCACAACCUCAACUGAGUCAGGAGGAAUCCUUACAUACUUAGAAAUAUAUCUGGAGAUUCUCUAGAGAGGAAGAGCGACUUGACAAACGGCAACAGAAGUAUUUCGCCUGUACGUUGGGCGUGCAAUGCUAUGAAUAGUUAAUAGAUGCGAUAAGUAUGAGAAACUGCGAUCUGCUGCUUAACGAGAGUCUUCGGAAAAAAGGUCCAUUUCGAGCUAUGGUAUCUUCGUGCGUAUGUUCAUCGAACAGUAUACAUAUGUAUGUACAGUGGACAAACGAAUUGCAACGGUCACUGACAUGCAAGGAUAUCUCGGGCUAUCGGUCAGGCGUAAUAGGCCCCGAAACGGACUUCGCUACUCGUUGGUAAAUCUUACUAUAAGUUAUAAACCUAUUCUAACUAGUAGUGAUGAACAGCUCAGUAAAUGCUCGUAAGAGAGGUGGCGAACGGUCAUAUCAGCGGAUCGCGUCACUCAAAAGCACCAGUUUUGUAUUGAUGUGCUGUAUAGAAAGAUAUCCAGUUUGAUACGCGUUUAGCGUGAUAAAAGUGAAACACACAGACUGAAAAUAUCUUACAAAACAAAAAAAAAAACCUAUAAAUAGAAAAAAUAAACGUUAAAAUGGA